GAUACGCAAACCAUAUCAGCUUUACGGUAAGCAGGACAGAGAGCGUUCCAGAAAAUAUCAGCGCCAGGAAGAUAUUUGUAAUUUUGUGCGUUUUAAGCUCCGUUUGUCUCGUUUGCUUUCCAGCUGACAGGAACUGAAGAUGAUCGAGGUGGUCUGCAACGAUCGUCUGGGCAAGAAAGUCCGGGUCAAAUGCAACUCUGAGGAUACCAUUGGAGAUCUGAAGAAGCUCAUUGCUGCCCAGACAGGAACACGGCACGACAAGAUUGUAUUAAAGAAAUGGUAUACCAUAUUCAAGGAUCAUGUGUCUCUGGGUGACUAUGAAAUCCAUGAUGGCAUGAACCUGGAGCUGUACUACCAGUAGACCACAGAAGGACCACAGGACCACAAGACAAUGCUACACAAACUGCACUCUUCAUUGUUACACAUACACACACAGAAUUGACACAAUCGAAACAGAGAAGGAGCUUAAUCUACAGAGCAGAUAUCUCUCACACACACACACACACACACACACACACACACACACACACACACACACACACACACACACACACACACACACACACACACACACACACACACCACACACAACAAAGACGGCAGUUUUAGCUUUUAAUUUUCGCCCAGAAAUUAUUAUGUGAAAUACAUGUUGUUCUACAAAUAUUUUGUUUUGAUAUUUUGGAAGUAAAGCUGAUAUUUACCUACCUA